AUGUAUAAAAUUAGAGGAUGUGUUCAAAGACUUCGAACUGUAACAAAUUUUUUCCUGGCUAGUUUAUCAUUCAGCGAUAUCUUGAUGACUGUUGUUUGUAUACCAUUUACCGUUAUGAGCUCGAACGGACUGUGUAUGGAAAUGUGGGAGAGUCAUCAGUCCAGAUACAUUUACAGCUUAUUCAUCAUGUUACUACAAUACUUUGUACCAUUAUUCAUCUUAAUGUGUACUUACACUCAUAUAGGCUACAUGAUUUGGAUAAAACAGCCCCCCGGAGAGGCUGACAGCACUCGGGAUAUGCGGAUAGCCUCUUCUAAAAGAAAGACCUCUAUUUAUUAUAUUAUUCAAGCAGAUGAAGUAAAGGCUGAUUAA